AUGGCAUUCAAAUUUUGGGAUAAAAUAGAAGAAAAUUCAAUUCUUAUUCAAUACUAGAUUUGCUAGGAAAAUAGUAUGUUAAAGUCCUAACUUUUGAAAAUAUUUGGACAAAACCAUUUAGAUUAAUUAUCAACUAAAGUCACAAUUCAAAAUGAAAAAAUAAUUGAUGUAUUUAUUGAUGCAUUAAAAGACUUAAAUCUAACAAGUUAUGAUUUAUACGAAGAGUUUAUAAAUUAACACUAUUAGAAAUAAAUAGAAAAGUAGAGAAAAUUAGGAAAAUCUAUAAAUAAUGAUCGUUUUCUGCAUGAUUAAAAAAAAUAUUCAACCAACCUUGCGAAAAAAAUGAGCAUGAAUGAAAUAACUUAAGUAUAAUAUUAAUUAUAUGGAUUAUUGUACAAAGAAGAAGGAGAAAAGGAAAAAUUAUGGCUAAAUGAUUUUUUUAAUGAUGAUGAUUAAUUUGGAUCUUAUAGAAAAGAUAUACGAAGUUGUUCACUUGUCUAAUAAAAUGGAGCUAACUUUUAAUUUUUCCAUAAAUCUAUAUAAGAGUUCUUAAUUGCUGCUGAUUUAUAUGAAGUGUUAGUUUAAUCAAAAGAUUUUGAUAUAUAAAUAUUGAAUACUAUAGUAGAACUGUUGUCAAAAGAAAAUAAUCAAGAAUAGGAUUGCUAAAAUUUUCUAUCAAAUGUAUUCGUAACAAAUUCCACAAAUUAUAAUUAACUUGAAAAUAUAUCACUUAUGGAAAAAUAAAUGUAAAGUGAUGCUGUUUCAUAGAAUGUUAAUUCAAUUACUCGUUUGAUCAAAACCAUAAAAAAAAACGAAAUUAGUUUUCUUAAUUAUUCCACUGAAAUAUAUGCUGAAACAAGAUAAUAUCUCAUUUAAAAAAUAUCAUAAGAGACAAGAAUAAUAGAAUUUUUGAAAUUCUUAGUUCAUCUCACCAAAAUAGAUUAUACUCUUAUAAUGUGGGGAUCCAAUGCAAUUAAUAUAUUGGUUGAAAUGAAAGUGGAUCUAACAAACUAAAAUUUCUAAAAUAUAAGAAUUUAAAAUACUUCUUUAUUUGGAGGUAAUUUUGCAAAAUGCAAUUNGUAAAUUGUUUGA